CACUGUUCACGCGGUCUGAAGUUAGUCGUUGCUCAGAGCAGAAAGGAUGGGGAUGCUGCGUGCUGUACUGCUGGCCGAGUGUUCAUUGGUGCUGGUGCUGCUGCUGCCGGCCCUUCCCCCCGCCAUGGCUGCUGUGUUCAGGGAAAUCGUCACUGAUCCAGACCAUCCAGGGACGUGCCUCUUCAGACACAAGGGGAUCAGAGUGAAAAGCGGCCACGUAUGGGACCUCCCCAACUGCAUGCUCGCCUCCUGUGACGAUGAUGGAGAAGACAUGGUCAUUUCAUAUUACACGUGCGGGAGCAUAGGUGUGCCGCCCAAUUGCAAUGCCUUUCGAGACCUGUCCAAGCCUUACCCGGACUGCUGCGAAGUGUCCUGCAAGAAACUCGAGCAACCGUCGUUGCCGAGACUUGAGCGCAGUGCCCGCCAUGCCUGAUCUGCUGUGGCUACUUCGCUGUGAAUCUUAGAUUUUUCUAUGUAUAGAGAAUUUUGUCACCGUGAUUCUAAUCAUAUAUGUCAUCCACAAGAACUGCUACAAGUGAAAGCUGCCUUCUGUUUUAUCUUUUUAUGUAACUUCGAAUUAUAAUCAUUGUAGUUUGUAUUAUGACUGUAAUCCAGAAGAAUGACUAAGUAUACGUAUAAAUGAUCUCCUGAUUUCUUUAAGGUAACUUAAUUAUCAUUGUAGUUAUUUCAAUAAUCAUCCAGAAAAUCUACCAUUUAAGUGAAAAGAAAAAGUUAGAAGUCUGAAAUUGGGAAUCACUCUUGAAAUUAAUAUACUUAUCAAUCUUCAAACACCAAAGUACAAAGAAGUAACAUCAAGAGUUAUGCCUUAAUCAGUUAUCACAGUUAAUGACACUGCCGUACCUUUGAAGGUAAGGAUGGGAGCGGAUGGUUUCAAUGUGCUGCGUCCAACGUGAACAAAACGGGUCUCGAGUUAACGAAAGACAACAAUUAAAAUAUAAUCUAGAGUGAAACAAAAUGUUUGAAGUAUUAUCUGAAGGACAGACUUCUGUUAAAGUAAUGUUGAUACAGGUUGGUCCGGUUGAACAAAAUCUUUAACUUGUGCUGGACAGAAAAUGAACGGGUCAGGCUUGACUACUUUUACAUUUUUUAUGUAUAUGUAAAGACGGCUUCCUGCUUGAUGAAGCAGCCUUUCUACUCUUAUAUUUAGCUAAAGCCACAUGUCAACUCAAGGGACUUUAGUAUGUAGAUAUCAUAGGCCAGAAGUCGUGACGUGUCAAUUAACUUUAUUAAUUUAAAUUUAUUAAAUUAAUUAAAUUUA